UAUACAAAAAUUGUGCUGUGAUUAGAAUGUGGCACAGUAAAGUGUACAACAGCUGUUUCAGAGAGUGCUCCUUCACCCUGCUUUUUUGAAAGCUUAAUUCGUAUUUCAACAUCUUUCUGUGGACAUUUGCAAUCCUAGAGUAUGUGACAAGAGAGUACUGAAAGUUCAUUUUACCAAUGUGUUCAUUGCAAAGAAAGCCAAUCUUUAAAAAAGAGGGAAAUCAAACAUAAUCAGCCAAGGUUUUCCCAGAAGUAAUGGCCAAUGUAUUCCAUUCCUGGGUGUGAGAAAAGUUGACUAAAGCACCAAAUAUGCAGUGUGGAAUUUGCAGCACGGGUUAAAAUGUGUGCCAUCUGAACAGAGUGCAGGCACUUAGUAAAGCCUCGCUCCACAGACAACAAAUCAAUAGGAUAAGCUGACAGAGACACUGUGCAGACCUGGUGCAGUCACUUAGGCCGAACAUGGACCUUGAAAGCCUAGCCCUUUUACAGCCUUUCUGUUCAAAGCCUGGGAAACCAAGGUCAAAAAGCACACCAAAACAAGAUAAAAAUGCAAAUAAAGGAUUCUAAGGCAACGCUUACUAUUGGACAGUUAUUUUACUAAUUCUUUAGCACAUAGAAUUAGUUAGGUAUUAAUACCUGAAAUAGUAUUAUGAUUGGCACAUAUAAAUGCAAAUGAUGUGUUUCAGAUGUGCACAGAAUUUCUUUUGGAUCAUUAUUUAUGUAUGUAAGGGGGUUACUUAUUGGUGUAAGGGGAUUUCUUCUUUUUCUUUGUUACUGCAUAUGUUAAUCAAAAUGGCUUCUUUGUUUUGUUAAAAGUAGGAAUGCUUCUUUGUUAUGGUUAUUACAAGAAUGGAACAUAACAGCAUUGAUCACAUCAGCAAGCUAGAGAAAUUGUCAUUGAGCAAUGAACAUUCAGCGACAAUUUGUGGUGACAAGGACAAGCGUGUUACUGUUGCUGGAGGCACGGAUACCCAAGCACAAAGACACAAUCCAAUGGAGAGAGUCUCACCACCGAACAAAACAGUGCCAGAAACUAUGCUGACCACAAAGCAGCUAUUUCAGUACUGGAACGCUGUGAAUAAAAAGGUGAAACCAAUCCGCCUGCUCUUCGAUAUACCAGAAACCAGAACAGUGAAAGAUCAGUGGUCCAAACACGUGGUGUACAAAGUGGUGGUGAUAAAGUCUGGCACUUACGAUGGCAGCCAAUCGUAUAUCGAACGACGAUACUCAGACUUUGAAAAAUUGCAUAAAAACAUAUUGAAGAAUUUUAAAGAAGAGGUUGAAGAAAUUACUUUUCCAAAGAAAAUUGUGUCUGGAAAUUUCCAGCCUGAGAAAAUCACUGAACGAAAAUUGGCAUUCAGGGACUAUUUAGCCCAGUUAUAUGCAAUCAAAGACAUUCGGUUUUCUGAUGAAUUUAUUGAAUUCUUCUUCCUGCAUGAGGUACAUGAAGGCUAUGGGUUCCUUAGAAGUGGACAGUACACCAGAGCUUUGAAUAGUCUUAUGAAUGUACUUAGUUUGCAGGAAAAGCUAUGCAUGCAUCACCAUGAUCGACUUGUCCUUACACUCAGUGCUAUUGGUGUGUGUUGCAGAGAUCUGAAUGAUAUAGAUGGUGCCUAUGAAUUCUGUGAGAAAGCGGGGCUUAUUUUACAUAAAAACUAUUGCCACAAGUACUACUUCCCUUUGAUAAAGGUUCAGAUUAUGUUAGGAAAUGAAUUAGGUAAGAAUAUGCAACACCUACAACACAGCCUGAUUAAACUGGAGGAACUACAUGGGAGCCAAAAUAACCUGCCUUCUCUGAAAGAGCUGGUGGUACAAGAAUUUAUACAAUGAGGCUGAAGGACUCAUCUCCCUGCGAAGUCUUUAUGACCAGUUAAUUAAAUUGACAAAAAAGUUAUUGCUGGCCUUCCCAGUGUCCUCUUACUUUUAAGAUAAUUUAUAUUCUAAAUUCUAUGCUAAAUAGUUUAAAAAAAAACUCAUUUGAGUUCUCAUCCAUGGAGAAAAGAGAUAAUAUCAGUUUCUGUUUUGCAAAGCAGGUGAAAGGCAUGAAAAGCUUGUACCAUCCAGUUCAAUGUAGCUUCCUUAUCUUGGAAUGGCCACCUCAAUAUUUAUACAUUGUGCUACUAAUCAAUUAAGUCAUUCAGCAUGUUAAACAAUAGAUUAUGUAGUUCAAAGUUAAAGAUUAAAUCUAGAAACAGUUGUCCAAUAGUCAAGUAGAUCAUUUAGAUCACUUUUGCUUUUGAUUUGGCAGCUUAACAUAUUUCUUUAUGAUCCUUCUAUGAUGCUUGAGAAAGUGUCAGAGAAAAGAGAUUAAAUGCUUCUUCCAGUAAAGAGAUAAGUGAAAAACCUCAAAGGAGGACCUUGGCAAAGAUAAUGCUUAAACAACAACACAUGUCUGAGAACAGCACUGGAAAUGUUGGGAGGAAUACUGCAGAACAGGCAAUUUUAUCCAAUGAUAGACGAUCAUUUGGUAAAAAAUAGUCUUUAGGCAUACUGAACUACUGAAUUAAGUGACUAAAAUGAUAGCCAUGGGUAGGCUUUUAUCCCCCUUUUCUCAUUAGGGGACAGGGGAACGCAAUUUGACUUAAAAGACUUAAUUCUUAUCAACCAUUGGGUAUUAAAAAAUAAACCUACACUGUGUGCUCAGAGCAAAGAAACAGUGUAAAAAAUUUCAGAAUACUUCUCCAUGCCUGGGCACAAAAUAAAUGAGUUUAUUCUUUGUGUCAUAUUUAGUUUGCUGUUUGGUAUGCUCUGUAACACUUGUUUAUCCCAAUACAAAGGAAAUCAAUGGUUACCAUGUAAUUCACCCUGGAAUUUCCCCAUCUCAUUUUAUGGCCAAAUAAAGGAAACAUUCUGCA